AUAUAUAUGAAUACUAUAGUAUACUAAACAAAAUUGACCCAAAUAAACUUCUCAACCAUAAGCACCUCCAAGAAAUUCUUUAGCCCUAAAGAUGAUGAUGCCCAGCAGUCAAGAAGCUCAACAAGAGUCCCUCCAAAGUUGGCAAGACAACAAGUUCUUCACCAAGCUUCUCUCCAAGGAGAGUUCCUUAGCCAACCCUUCUUUUAGGGUUUACUAUGGGGUUGCCUCUGGUGCAGUGCCCUUCAUGUGGGAGUCUCAACCAGGGACCCCUAAGAACACCAUGCACACCCCUACACUCCCUCCACUCACUCCUCCACCCUCCUACCAUUCCAACCUUCACAACAAGAAGACUACCAAGAAGAACUCCAAAGGACAUAGCAACCUUAUAAACACCAUACUCCCUAGGCUGGCUCUCAAGAACAAGACACAACCAUCAUCUCCAGCUUCUUCACCGUUGUCAUCAUCCUCCUCUUCAUUCAAUUCUUCGGGAAAAUACCCGAGGAGACGCCAAUCUUGUAGCACAAGGUUAUCAUUCUCUUCCGCCGGAGACGAGGAAGAUUCAGAUGAUAUCGGCCGCUCGCCGAGGUCAACCUUGUGCUUCGGCAUGCGCCAUGGUGCCGCCGGAGUGAUCAUGAAGAAUGCCUUGUUAUGCAUUGUUGGACAUGGAUCAAACCAAGGUAGCAGCUCUAAUUAAUUAAUUAAUUAGCUGUUGUUGAUCAUCGUCCAUGUCUUUGUUCUCUUUCUCUGUUAUGUGGUUGAAUUAGUAAGAAUAAUCAUGUGGUGGUGGUGGCUAAUAUUUGUAAGAUCAACAGAGUCAUGGUUAAUUAAUAUUUUCUCUUGCCAAUUAA